AUGAAUGUUUUGGAGCAAGAAAGAGCUGCUGGAUUUGGAACACCAAUGCAUGCUGUUAGGUCUGAAAAUUUGCCAAUAUUAUUUGAUCCUGAGAUAGAGAAAACAGCCCGCUCACUAAGGAGACAAGCGAAGGAGCGAAAGUGGGCCGAAUCGAUUUCCGAAACUGAACCGAAAAGUCCAGCAGCUGGUCACCUUGAUUUUACAGCUGAAACCGAAGAAGAAAGUCUUGAGCAGGAAGAGAUUCUCACAGAAAUUGACCAAGAGGAAGUUAUGGCCGAAAACCGCACUGUUCGAGAGCUACAGGCUGCCCCUGUAGAGCAGCAGCCUAUGUGUAUUACUUACCCGGAGUUGGAAGCGCCAUUUGAGCUUAAAUCGGGUCUUAUUCAGACUGGAAACACAAGGGAAGGCCUUCCGCUUCCUUCCCAAACGGUGGUAAACCCAAGGGAAAAUGCAAGUGCGAUCACUUUGAGGAGUGGUAAAGAGCUAAACACAGCAGCCCCUAAAAAAGGCAGCAGGAGUUCUAAGGAAGAAGCUGAAAAGGAGUUUCUCAAGGAACUUUGUACCAACAAAAGGAAGGUAGAUAGUGUUGAGAAGGUGGAGAUGGGUGAAGUUUGCUCCGCCAUGAUUCAAAGAAAGAGGCUCCCACCAAAGUGUAAAGAUCGAGGUAUGUUUGCUAUUCCUUAUAAAAUAGGCAAUGUAGGGAUUAAGAGAUCUAUGUGUGAUUUAGGAGCUUCUAUAAAUGUCAUACCUUUAUCUGUUUACUCAUCUUUCAAGGGUUGUCCCUUGAAAGAAACGCGUAUUAUUAUUCAAUUGGCAGACAGGUCUAUAGUGUAUCCCGUGGGAUUGCUAGAAGAUGUUUUGGUUCAGGCACAUUAUCUAUGGAGUUCAUUAUCUAUGGAGUUCGAUGGUGAGAAGGUCGAAUUUAAUGUUUAUGAGGCUAUGAAGUACCCUAGUGAUGUGUCUAGUAUUUGUUCUAUUGAUGUAAUUGAUCCUUUAGCACAAGAAAUGUUUGAAUUAAAUGCCGUUGACGAGCUUGAUUUAGUGCUUUGCAGGAAUAUUAAUAUGGACAGUAUUAAAGAGAUUGAGGAAACCUUCUUAGUUAAUGAAAAUGUACAGGAAAUUCAGGAAAUUGGUGUGCGAAGAUUGGAGACAAAUCAGCCCCUAACAAGCAGCCGCAGCCAUAUUGUUUUUGCCUUCUCACCAUGA